UCCAUUGGCAACUCCGGGACGCGGAGAGAGGCGCGUUGGCAAAAGUCACAAUAUGGCGGAAGUUGAGGAAAUUCUCGAGAGGAUCGAAGCCCAUGCGAGUGUGAGUGGAACAAUCGUCGCCAAUGCAGAAGGUAUUCCAGUCCGCACAACGUUUGAGAACUCCAAAGCGGCAAAGUAUGCGGGACACCUUCGCCACCUGACCGUGUUGGCCAGAAGCACGGUGCGAGACAUUGACCCUCAGAAUGAUCUCACUGUCCUCCGCAUUGGCACCAAGAACCAAGAGAUCAUGAUUGCACCGGAGAGUGACUCCCUUGUGAUCGUCCUUCAGAGAUGCGAGACAUAAGAGUGAUAUAAUACCAGCAACAUCUACUUCAUUGGUGUGUUUGAUUCCUGCAUGACAAUAAGAGCAUCCAUAUAUCACGGUCAACACUUCAAUGUCAAAUAUAAAGUCUUUACUACUUUA